GCAGUAUCAGUCGCUCGGGGGCCGUGCCCACCUUCCUGCGGACCCCCACAAUGAUGCAGCCUCACCUGGACUUGAAGCCCUUCCUUCAGUUCCCAAUGGAGACCCAACCCAGCAUGGGACUGUUCCACAACUUCAGCACAAUGGACCCAGUGCAGAAGGCCGUCAUGAACCACACAUUCGGAGCCCCGCUGAUCAGAACCAAGCGAGCAGUGAUCUCCUGCAACGUGUGUCAGAUCCGAUUCAACUCAGAGAACCAAGCAGAGGCUCAUUACAAAGGGAACCGGCACGCCCGCAGAGUCAGAGGGAUCGAGACCUCCAAGAGCCGACCCAGGGAGAACGACAAGCCCCUUCUCCUGCCUGCCCCCGCCCCUCCCUCCACCCCCUCCCCCACCAGCAACCUGGACGAGAGUGAAGCUAGCAGAGCAGAUGAUCAGCCCCUCCCACAGAUGAAAGUCUCCACCCCUGCUCCGCCUCCAGUUCCAGUUGCCCCGCCUCCAGUUCCGGAAUCCCCCAUGCUGCUGCCUCCCUGCUCGCUGUUGCCUUUGCCCGUGCCAGGGGGCGCUCUCAUCUCUUCUCUCCCCUCCCAGGGGGGCUCUGCCGGGGCCAGGACCCCUCGAGCAGACCCUGCAGGAGUCCCCAACGGCUCUCCCCUCACCCCCACCCCAGAAUCUGAGGAGGACAAGGCGAAGAAGCUGCUGUACUGCUCUCUGUGCAAGGUGGCCGUCAACUCCCUGUCUCAACUAGAGGCACACAACAAGGGCACCAAACACAAAACCAUCCUGGAGGCCCGCAGUGGGCUGGGCCCCAUCAAGGCGUAUCCCCGGCUGGGCCCCCGGCUGGCCCCGGAGCAGGGGGGCUCCCCCGCGGACCCCAGCACUCAGGAGAGGACCUUCCACUGCGAGAUCUGCAACGUGCGAGUGAACUCUGAGGGGCAGCUCAAACAGCACAUUUCCAGUCGCAGACACAGAGAUGGGGUGGCAGGGAAACCCAACACUCUACUGAACAGAGGCAAGAAACAGCGGACAGGAGACCUCACUUCCACUCUAUCAUUCUCUAAAGACCUCCCGAAGUCUCUGGGGGCGGGGCUCCUCCCCAGUCCUCUGGUCAUUGCCGCGGCGAUGGCAGCCGCCACCUCCUCUUCCCCAUUGGCUCUCCGGGCAGCAGUAGCCGGCCACGCCCACCACCCCUCGCAUCAUCACCACCACCACCUCCUGCAGGGCCCACCCCUCAGCCACACCCUGCUAAGACCCGCCCCUGGACCUAUCCGCACCGCCCAUGGGCCAAUCAUCUUCUCUCCCUACUGAUCACCCCCACCAGCACAGCCAAUCAGAAGCAGCAAACACUUCCGAAGAGCACACUGUGAAAAAACAUCCAAAUAAAACUAAAUACACAAGAAACAGCAGGUAUAACGAACCCUCAUUUCAUAACCUGACCUUCCCUCAAUUCCAAAGAUGAUGAAAAACUAUCUAAUAAGGAAACCCCUUUAAACUGCUUGACCAACCCCUGACUCUUUCCUUGCCACUGAAACAGAAUCAUCUUAUCAAUCAAUCAGAGACACUGGAGCAAAGCCAUUGUAUUGCAACACCUUUUUUGGGGAAGUGGGGACCCUAACUCUAUAUUAGGAGAGAGAUUGUGUGCAGGGGAUUGCCAAACUGCGGAGUUUCAAAAUUACAGGCUGCUUGAGAAACAGGAGAGGAGUUAAAUAUGGUGAAGUGAAGAAAAAGAGGAGGGGAAAUACCCAGUGAUUUUAUAAAUCUGAAGAAGAACGACAACACUGCUUCAAUUCAGCAGAAAAAAAAGAGGAUAACGUUGGCGUCAAUGUCAGAAAUAGACCCAGCAAGAGAGACAUUUGGACAGGCAGACGCUGUGGACGGGACACACAUAUGCAAGGAUGGACUUAAUCUCUCC